CAGUCACUCCCUUAUCUGGCCAUUCAUUUGCACGUCUAUGCUUCUGUGAACCAGUCUGCCAUGGCGAUGCCUGCUGCUCUCAGGGCCUUAAGUGUCUUGUAUGUGCUUGCAGUUCUUGCUGGAAAUCAGGUGGAAGGGCGGCACCAUCAGCCUGAUUGUCCUUCUUUCUCGUGUGGUCUUCUUGGAAACAUAUCGUCUCCAUUUCGUCGGGCAAGUGAUCCACCUGGGUGCGGCUAUCGAUCUUACGAGCUGGUUUGCAGUGAUACCAAGGCUACGAUAUGCAUCGGCGGUGCAACUUACUAUGUGUCUGGUAUCAACUACAGUAAUUUUUCCUUCUGGUUUGUUGAUGCCGACUUGGAUUUACACAACAGCUGCCCUCUACCUCGGUGGAAUCCUCCAUACCCACACGACAACAUGGAAGUCGAAUUGGACCCCCUUGUAGAUACUCGGGCUUGCUUUGUAAAAUGCUCUCAGGAAGUAAAGGGCACUGGUACGUACAUGCCUGUUGCUUGCCUAAGCACCAACGAUUCUUUUGUUUACGUGCUAACUGGCCUCAGAUCUACAUACAUGGAGUACCUUCAACCUUCUUGUGGGUACUUGGCCGUGACUCCUCGACCUUGGGACAGUCCGACGCUAGAAAAUGCAAGUUAUGCAGAUGUUGUGAAAUCCAUGAGGACUGGAUUUGCUGUUUAUUUUCCUUUGAGAUAUACUAGGGAGACCAUCAAGGGAUGCCUAAGAGACAUUGUUCGCCCCUUCUAUGAAGUGCCAGUGUCGAGUGAGGGCAUCAAGCGACUUAUUACAUACAGUCUUCUGGCUGAUGGAUUUUCUUGGAUUAUUGUGUAUUUAAUACAGGUGUUCCCGGUUACAUCACUAUAUAAACUUGUUUAUUCAGUGUUAUGCAGGUUCGUGUUGGCACCACUGGCUGUGUUGAUCUUCCUCGCCCACAAGUAUUGGAAAACGAGGAUCACGAUCGAUGCUGUCGAGAAGUUCCUCCGAAAGCAACAAAUGCUAGGUCCAAUGAGGUAUGCCUACACCGACAUCACAGCAAUUACAAGCCAUUUCAGAGAUAAGCUGGGCCAGGGAGGCUACGGCUCUGUCUUCAAGGGUGUGCUAUUGCCAGGCAAUGUUCAUGUCGCUGUCAAGAUGCUAGAGGGCAAUCCUAACUGCAAUGGAGAAGAUUUCAUCAAUGAAGUCUCCAUCAUCGGUAGGAUCCAUCACGUUAAUGUGGUGCGCCUCAUGGGAUUCUGCUCAGAGGAAAUGAGGAGAGCACUAGUUUAUGAGUACAUGCCUCAAGGUUCUCUGGACAAGUACAUCUUCUCAGCCAAGAAGAGUUUCUCUUGGGACAAGCUAGCCGAUAUAGCAGAUCCGGCUUGAUCCAUAUUACGUUUUUACCGCUACUUCCUCGAGAAGGACGACAAGGGUGUCAAUAAGGGCAAGGGCAGUUGUGGAUGAUCUUCUUCAUAGCUAGUAUGUAGGUAGAACAUGCCAAAUUUUGGUAGUCCGAUGGCAUGUUCUGAACUAGUAGCCGGACGAUGUGUGUUGCAUUGUUUACGUACAUUGCAUGACUUCGUAUGGAUUUGAGGUAUAUGCUAAUUGAGAUGUCCGACUGUGAGAAGGAAAAUU